AUGUCAGACUUAUCUAGCCGCAGUUACAUCCGAUGGGAUGAAAAAGGCGUCGAGGCGAUACCUGCAAACGAAGCAAAGGAUAUUCAAAGUAUUGUCGACAAGAUAAACGAGACGCAGCGACGUUUCUACGAACAGAAUGGGCAUUGUUUUGGAGGGACACAUGCGCGCACGCAAGGGAUUGUGAAAGGAACGCUCUAUGUUUCGGAUAAUCUGCCACUUCAUUUGAAGCAGACAGAGCUCUUUUCUCAAGCCGGGGAGUACCCAGUCAUCUGUCGAUACAGUUCGGAGCCGAGCGACCCCAAGCUUGAUGAUCGCAUUCCACAGCCUCGUGGUUUGGCCAUGAAAGUUUUUAACGUGGAUGGCGAGAUGUUUGAGGCCGGAAGAGAAUUCCCGACCCAGGACAUUGAAUUUAAUAGCACACCAGCCCUCGAUUUAGCUGAUGCCAAAACAACCAAAGAGAUCCUAGAUCUUCGACUCAAGUAUGGUUACAACACAAAGGAGCAAGAUGAGAAGAUCAAUGCCCGAUCAGACAAAAAGCUUCAGCAAGCGCGUAACCAGGUCCAGAACAAACAUUUGGAGUCUACAACGUUUUACUCGCAGACUGCGUAUCGAUUCGGCGACUACGUUGUCAAAUAUAAUUUGGUCCCAUGUAGCGAAGCGCAAAAAGGUCGCAGUGAAGAGACUGUUGACAAACAAGCCGACGGCAUUUUACACGAAUGGCUACAGGACUUUUUCCGUAACAACGAAGCCGAGUACCUGUUUCAAGUGCAGCUGCUGGAAAACCUAGAGGACCAGCCUGUUGAGUAUGGUGGUACUGAAUGGGAUUCGGAAAAGUAUCCUUGGCAGACGGUUGCAAAGCUUGUGCUCCCAAAGCAGGAAAGCUGGAAUGAGGAAAGGAAUAGCUUCUGGGUCGAUCAUCUACGAGUUGACCCAUGGCAUGGCCUUGUCAGUUUCCAGCCACUCGGGAGUCCAAACAGACUUCGACGUAUAUUGUAUCCAGCCAGCAGCGCGUUUCGAAGACAGCUGAAUGGGAAGCAGGAAGUUAACGUCAUUAGCAUCAACGAGAUUCCAGGCUACUAG